AUGAGUCAGCCGAAGAUUAAGCGUAGAGUCGGUAUAUAUGACGUUGGGAGGACAAUCGGGGAGGGUUCGUUUGCGAAAGUGAAAUUCGCAAGGAACUCUAAGACCGGUGAAGCCGUGGCUCUCAAAAUUAUUGACAAGGAGAAAGUUCUCAGGCACAAGAUGGCUGAGCAGAUCAAGCGGGAAGUAGCUACGAUGAAGUUAAUCAAGCAUCCAAAUGUUGUUCAACUAUAUGAGGUCAUGGGAAGCCGAACAAAAAUAUAUAUUGUAUUGGAGUUUGUGACUGGCGGGGAGCUUUUCGACAAAAUUGUAAACCAUGGACGGAUGGGUGAAAAUGAAGCGCGUAGGUAUUUCCAGCAGCUUAUAAACGUUAUCGAUUAUUGUCACAGCAGAGGUGUCUAUCACCGAGACCUUAAGCCAGAAAAUUUGCUUUUAGAUUCUAAUGGUGAUCUUAAAGUCUCCGAUUUUGGGUUGAGUGCACUCUCCCAGCAAGUUAGGGACGACGGACUUCUCCAUACGACAUGCGGAACUCCGAAUUAUGUUGCUCCAGAGGUUCUUACUGAUAGAGGCUACGAUGGAGCGAACGCGGACUUGUGGUCAUGCGGAGUGAUACUCUUUGUAUUGGUCGCAGGUUACUUACCUUUUGAUGAUCCUAAUCUUAUGGAACUGUAUAAAAAAAUCUCGUCUGCCGAAUUUACUUGCCCCCCAUGGCUUUCUUUCAGUGCAAGGAAAUUAAUCACUCGAAUCUUGGAACCCAAUCCUACAAAGCGCAUCACAAUUGCCGAGAUUUUGGAAGAUGAAUGGUUUAAGAAAGACUAUAAGCCUCCUGUUUUUGAAGAGAGUGGCGAAACCAACCUCGACGACGUAGAAGCCGUCUUUAAAGAUUCAGUAGAGCACCAUGUUACGGAAAAUAAAGAAGAGCAGCCAACAUCGAUGAAUGCGUUUGAAUUGAUUUCCAUGUCGAAAGGACUCAACCUCGAAAACUUGUUUGAUAUAGAACAGGGAUUUAAAAGGGAAACAAGGUUUACAUCAACAUCUUCGGCCGACGUGAUCAUCAGCAAGAUUGAAGAAGCUGCUAAGCCUCUCGGCUUCGAUGUGCAGAAGAAAAACUUCAAGAUGAGGCUUGCGAAUUCGAAAGCCGGAAGGAAAGGAAACCUUAAUGUUGCGACAGAGGUGUUUCAAGUGGCACCUUCUCUUCACAUGGUUGAAGUAAGGAAAGCUAAAGGAGAUACAUUGGAGUUUCAUAAGUUCUACAAGAAACUAUCAACAAGUUUGGAUGAUGUUGUUUGGAAAACAGAAGAAGAUAUGACAAAGAAAGAAGCAAAAUGA